AUGACAGCAGUCAUCGAUUAUCGUCCUGUUAACGAAAACGAACAACAACAAGCCAUUAGUUUAUGGGAACAGAUAUUUCCUCAGUUUCCUUCAGGUUUUUUUUCACGUUACUACUCAUCAGCUGCACCAUCUUACCGGUUCGGUGAUACAUUAGGUGCCUGGUGCAAUGGGUCUCUUGUCAGUACUGUGCAUAUUCAUCGAUUACCGCUAUGUAAUGGUAAUGAAACAUAUGUGUGUGGUGGUAUUGCUUGUGUAGCUACAUUACCUGAAUAUAGAGAACGUGGUAUUUCUCGCUAUUUGCUGGGACAAGCAAUCGAUAAAAUGAAAAAUGAAAGUUAUCAUAUAUCAAUGCUGAACAGCCUUCGUCAUUCGCAUUAUUCGUAUAUCGGCUUUCAGCACUGUAGUUUCAGUAGACAGCUUGUAAUCGAUUUAAAUGAAAAUGUGGAUGAUGCAUCGAUUUCACCGAAUUGCAUUUGGAAAACAGCUCAAGUUGAUGAAGAAAUAAUAAAUAUUUACAGUAAACAACCAAGACCUUUUCAGCUCAACCGUUCGCGUGAGCACUUUAAAGGUUGGGUCAACUGGAAUUGGCAACAAGAUAAAGCUAUUGUUUAUGUCAUACCUGAAGAAGGUUAUAUUGUCUUAAGCAAAAACAAUGAUGAUGGUGUUUGUUCGGUGUCUGAAUGGCAAGCGAAAAAUCGAGAAAUUGAAGAGAAACUGUUAGUAAGAGCAUCAUACAAAGCUCAACAAUUAAAUUCAAAACAAAUUCGAUUAGCAGCAACUCCGAUCUUUGUUGAUCAAAGAUGGAUUGAGAAAAAUCUGGGAAGAAUUGUUACAAUUGUCGAGGAUGAUACAACUAUGAUUCGUAAUAUUAAUCUGACAAUGGAUCAAUUUGAAAAACUUACAGCGUCCUAUACCACUGGUGAAGCAAUUAUGUGGCCUGCUGAUUAUUUUUAA